UGGUCAAACCCAUAUAGACUGGUCUGAAUGUUCUGUUUGGGUUUCCAAUGUGUGCACCAGAUGUGCAGCAGGAUGGAUUUGCUACACACAAUAGAUCAGCAGACCCCGUUGAACGCCUGCAACCCAUAAAAAAGAAAGAAAGAAAGAAAAAAUCCCACCUCCCAAAUCACUCCUCUCUACCUCCUCACAAAACUUUGCCAGUUUCAAAAAGUGGUGACUAAAGCAGCAACAGCAGUAGCAGCGGGAGGAGUUCACCGCUUUUCACAGUCGACUAUCUGUCUCUGCAGAGGUGAGUCUGACAAGUUAAUUGGUUCCCGCAGGCGCUGUUUUUUUUUUCUUUCUCUUUUUUAAAUCAAGCUUUUCGUGCCGUCUGCUACACCUGCCUGCCAAGCUCCAGCGCUGAUGGGCGCGGCUGGGACCUGUGCCCAAAUCUCUGUUUUGACUUGCCUGGGAAAGUUGAGCGAAAAGGCACAAAAGGACCGAGGACUUUAAGAACAUCCCACCACGACGCGUCAACUUCACAUAAACACAUUAUCUCUGCUGUGGACGGGAGCAGUCGGUCCAUCUUCAGAGGAAUCAGGAUUUGAUUUAAUUGUUCGAGCUGGCUGAAGAUAAAAUGGGAUGGACGAGUUAACGAGACAGAUGGACUUCUCAGGAGGCUUGUCAGACCAAAAGGUUGUGACAGAAACUGUAAUCUCCACGACCAGACUGACUUCUCUACCACCAAAGGGAACCAGCGGAUCAAAUCACAGGAAUAUGUCCAGCGGUGCUGGAGGGCUGGGCUUGGAGAAGAAUGUCUUAACCCAGAACAGCAGUGGAACUUAUUUCUCUUCAUCCUCUGUAGGAGUGAACAGCGGCAGCUACAGCUCCUCCUCGGGAGUUUACCUCGGGGGAGACUCCUCAGGAGGAGGUGAUGGAGGCGGGCUCUUCCUAGACGGUGAGGGGUUCGGAUUUGGAGGAGGUGGUGGAGGAGGAGGAGGAGGUGGAGGAGGAGGAGGAGGAGGCAGCAGCAGAGGCGGAGGGAGUUAUGUUGUGAGCUCGGUGUCAAAGGUCAGGUCCAGCUCAUCGGGUGGUGCCAGGAGAAUACAGACUGCUGGCUCAUCAUCAGGAGGCCUGUCGCCAGGUUUCCGGGAGAGGAAGAUCAUAUCGAGCCGCUCAGGAGGUUAUGAUGGAAGUUCCAGUGGUAAUUCCUCUCCUGAGUUUACACGCAAAGAUUAUGGAAUCUAUUGCUCCAAUGCCACAAGAGGGAGGAGCGAAAGCAGAGAGAGCGAGAUCAGAGCCAGAUUACAAAGUGCCUCUCCCUCCGCCAGCAGAUGGACGGAGCUGGAUGACGUGAAGAAGCUGCUGAAGGGACGCUCCAACAGCGUCAGCCCCACUCGCUCCUCCAGCGCCUCCGUCACACUGCCUGUUCCUAAAAAGGCCACAGUGGAAACCAAGAGCAUCUCUGUCGUCUCUAAGUCGGCGGAUUCAUCUACAUUUGGUUCUGGUGUGAGAUCAGGCGGAUUCCACACCAUUGAGACAUCAGGCGUGUAUGAUAACAGUCUGCCAUCUGGGUUUGAUACUGGUUUGAAAUCAAGCCAGUACGAUGUCACUGUGACAUCAGGCCAAUAUGAUACUGGUCUGAAAUCAGGCCAGUACGAUAUUGGUCUGAAAUCAGGACAGUACGAUACUGGUUUGAAAUCAGGUCACUACGAUGUCACUAUGAAAUCAGGACAGUACGAUACUGGUGUCAAAUCGGGCCAGUAUGAUGUCACACUGAAGUCAGGCCAGUAUGAUACUGGUGUGAAAUCAGGACAUUAUGACACAAGUGUGAGAUCAGCUCAGUAUGAUACUGGUGGAAGAUCAGGCCAGUACGACACGCUGGACGCUGCGCUUUCUGCCUUCUCUUGGCCCACCUCCACGCUGCCCUCCUCCUCCACCACAGGGGUUGCCGCUGGCAACACCAGCAGCAGCUUCACCUACCAGGCCAGCACCAACAACAUGGCCGGAGGAACGUCGCCCAUUGGCCUCACCUCACCCUCGUCCCUGUCAGUUUACGGCUUUCAGAAUAAUCUGGCUCCCACCUCUCCCUCUGUGCUCACCACCAGCGGAGGAAACAUAAAUGCUCACCUCGGAGGUUAUGGCGUUCAGAAGAAUUUGUCAAAUGGUGGUGGUGUCGUCAGCACUGGAGUCUCUACAACCACUAGAACCCAAACUGAUGAGUCAUAUAAGAAUAAGUACCUGAUCACAGAAAAAGAAAAUGUUCCAGCCAAGAGAGACGCAGAAAUCCUCAUUUUGGCUAAAGACAGCGGAAAGCAGUUCAGCAGCGGCAGCAUGCAGAUAGGAGGAGGCUCGCUAUCAGGGGAUUCAAUAAAGAAAGAGAAGUUUAUCUACAGUGAGUCGGCGCCACUAAAGACAGAGACAGGCAACUCCUAUGGAUCAUCUGGAGUUGUAAUGAAAGACAAAGCCACCUAUGCAGAGAUUCACAGGGACAGUGGUGUCUUCGGAGGAGGCGGAGGGUUUUGUUGCUGCUCCGACUCGUGUUGCUCCUGGUGGAAAUGGCUGCUGGGUCUUCUCCUCCUCUCCCUGCUCCUGCUGGGACUCCUGUUCGGGCUCAUUGCGCUCGCUGAGGACGUGAGAAAGCUGAAGAACCGAGUGGCUACGCUGGAGGCCGAGUCCUCGGUGCUCAAUGCUAAAACCAGCCGGCUGUCAGGAUCCAUCAAUGACAUCAACGGCUACGGGGCCGCUGGAGCCGGAACUGGAGCUGCAGUUGGAGCUGGAGCUGGAGCGAGAGUCGGAGCUGGAGCUGGAGCUGGAGCGAGAGCCGGAGCUGGAGCUGGAGCUGGAACUGGUGGUGGAGGUGGCUCCCACACUGAUAACACAUUACUCCUGGGCGCUGGAGAAUCUGGAGGCUCAAGCUCCAAAACACGGAUCGGGAUUGCAACUGGUGGUGGCUCAGCAGGUUCAAAUGGCGUUGACAUCCACCUUGGAGGUGGUUCUGCUGGUGGUUCUAGUGCUGGUGCCGGUGGAUCCACCGGGGCCAGAGCAGGAGCUGCUGGUACUAGCUUCAGCGGCACCUCUGGUACCACUUACAGCGGUGUGGGUGACGCUGCAUCUCUUCAGUUGAUGGUCCACCAGAUGUUAAGAAAUGAAAUGCAAUCACAGUCAAUGCGAGCUUUCCUUGCAUCAUCAGUGCAGGGUGAGAGAGGACUGCCUGGGCCUAAAGGGGACACAGGAGCUAAAGGAGAUGCAGGUUUCGCAGGACUACCAGGUGCUCCAGGUGCGAUGGGACAUGCAGGCCCUGAGGGUCCAAAAGGACAGAAAGGAAACCAAGGUGAUCAUGGACAGGACGGGGCACCAGGCCUCAGGGGUCGCGAGGGCCCAGCUGGCCCCAGAGGUGAGGGAGGACCUCCAGGCGUUGGACCAAAGGGUGACAGAGGUUUUCCUGGAGAUCCUGGGCCUGCUGGUCCUGUCGGCCUGGCUGGACUUAAAGGUGAAACUGGAGAUCAUGGACGUCCUGGAGCACCAGGUCAACCAGGUACUCAGGGUUUCCGUGGUGAGGCCGGGCUACCUGGACCUAAAGGUGACAGAGGGCUUGCUGGAUUCCAAGGACUUAAAGGUGAAACUGGUGACACAGGUCUCAGAGGCAUGAAAGGUGAUCCUGGUGUACCAGGUCAGCCAGGUCCCACUGGAGACAAAGGACCCAAAGGAUCAAUGGGCUUGGCUGGAGUUGAUGGAGUUAAAGGAUCAAGAGGUGACCAAGGCCAUGCUGGGCCACCUGGACUCAGAGGUCCUUCUGGGCCUCCUGGAGAUGCUGCACUACCAGGACAACCUGGGCUUCAAGGACCACCAGGGAUACCAGGAAAUCCAGGACGUCCUGGCUCUAAAGGUGAAACAGGUCCACCAGGAAGAAUCAUCAAUGCAGCUGGCUCUACUUCUAUUAGCAUCCCAGGACCACCCGGGCCUGCUGGUCCUCCUGGCCCUGCUGGACCUCCAGGAUUAUCAGGUCCCAUCGGCCCUGCUGGUCUGCCUGGCCAACCUGGUGCUAAAGGUGACAGGGGAUACAAGGGAGAGCAGGGAGAACAAGGAAUCACAGUGAGAACGAGUGAAAGUCUGUCAACGUCAAGGCAGUUUAGUGCCAGCGGAGGUUCAGGACAACCUGGUCCACCUGGCCCACCCGGCCCCCCUGGACGUCCAGGAGAUUCAAGACAAGGACCUCCAGGACCUCCUGGGCCUCAAGGUCCAACAGGUUAUGGAAGACCAGGACCUAAAGGAGAUAAAGGAGAAUCAGGCUUUUCAUCCAGCUCUGGAACAUAUUAUACUGGGCCACCAGGACCACCAGGACCACCUGGGCCUACUGGGCCUAAAGGAUCAGCAGGUCCUCCUGGACUCCAGGGAUACCAAGGUGAACCAGGUGUGCCAGGAAAUCCAGGAAGACCAGGAAGCUCUGAGAGAGUGUCGACUGCUUACAGUGGAGGACAGGCGAUCCCUGGACCGCCAGGUCCACCUGGACCACAGGGAUAUCCUGGAGUACAAGGACCUAAAGGCGACACUGGAGCACCUGGUUUUCCCGGAUCUUCAAGAGCUGUCUCAGUCACCGCAGGCCCUCCUGGUCCUCCAGGUCCCCCUGGCCCUCCAGGCUCCUUCUCUUCUUCUAGUGAGAUGCGGCAGUACAUCGGCGACUAUCUGAGCAGAAGCAGUAGUAUCCCCGGACCUCCAGGUCCACCUGGGCCUCCAGGAAUCCCCGGAACCUUCUCCGGCUCUAUGGAGGACAUCUCCGCUCGCGUCAUUGCAUACAUUCAACGUUCAGGCUCAGGUUUCGGCGGUGGUGCUCAAGGUCCUCCAGGACCACCUGGUCCACCUGGACCUGGCUCUGGAUCCCUUAGCGUCAGCGGUCUCAUCGUGAUGCUUCAGAGAGAAGAUGUGAGGAGGUAUUUGACAGGACCACCAGGACCACAAGGACCACCAGGACAACCAGGACAUCCUGGACAACCAGGAACAUCAGUAGCAUCAGGAGGAUUUUCAGGCAGUUACAAUGUCCAAGAGGUCGCCCAAUAUGUAUUCAAAAUCAUGAAUGACAGAGGGAUUGCCAGAGGUCCACCUGGGCCACCUGGUCCUCAGGGUCCUGUGGGUCCUGCCGGGCCUACUAGGACAGCUAGUUCAGGGGUAACUGGCUUCACUACCGCUACGCUUGACUAUUCUGAGCUGAUGAGACACCCAGACUUCCGUACGUGGAUUUCCAGUGCCAUACAACAGGGUCUUUCUGGUUCUCCGGGUGUUCAAGGGCAACGUGGGCAACCUGGGCAACCUGGGGAACCUGGGCCUCCUGGGCCUCCUGGGCCUCAGGGGCCGCGAGGAGUCUCCACUCAAGGGUCUCACUCUUCCACUGUGUAUGGAUCUGGAGGUCGUGGCUACAGCAUGGAGGACAUUCAGCGUUACCUGCAGGGUUCUGGUUUCAGAGGCCUUCCUGGUCCUCCUGGUCCUCAAGGUCCACAGGGACCACAGGGUCCACCAGGGGGUAGCAGCGGAUCAGUUUCCUACAGUGCAACCUUCCCUCAGGAGAGCAUCCGCACUGAAAUUCAGAACUAUCUGAGCAGUGACAAUGUUCGUCGGGCCAUCAUCGGACCUCCAGGGCCUCAAGGGCCUCAAGGGCCGAGGGGUCAGAAGGGAGAUCGUGGAGAGCCGGGCCACAUCCAGAGCUAUUCCCAGAGCUACACUCAGGGUGACGCUCGAUACGCCUCUGAGUACAAACAUAGCGAUGCCAGCAGGAUCGGUGAGACAAUGGACUACUCCAACGUCGCCAUGAGGGUUACAGACUACAUCAAGAAUCAAGGCCUGCUGCAGGACUAUCUGGUUGACGGUCCCUGGAGGGCGCAUGUACGGGCGAUCCAAGGCCCCCCUGGUCCACCUGGCCCCGCUGGACCACCUGGUCAGAGCCGCGUCAUCGGGGCCUACGGCAACGUCACGGCUGACCUCAUGCAGUUCUUCAGAACCUACGGCACCAUCGCCGGCCCUCCAGGAGCCCAUGGACCAAAGGGUGACAGAGGGUACCCAGGACCCAGAGGAGAAAAGGGUGAUCAAGGACAGCCAGGUUUACCCGGAAUGCCAGGGCCACAAACUGUAAUGAUUCCACACAGAGUGCAGAAGAGGGAUACAGGUGAUAAAGUGGUUCCUCGUCGUAAGCAUCGCCGUCACGCCAACGGUGCCUAAACAUACUACUGGAUCAUAUCUUCAUUUUUAUUCAUCUGGUUUUCUUUUAGAUGUUCAACUCCUUUUAGCCCUUUUAACAUUCAAUGAGUAGCAGUAAUGGCAACUUAGAUUGCUUUUUGACUUGUUAGAAUUUCAAGCCAACAUAUCCAAAGGCAUUUCUUCUAUUCUAAUUUCUUACUAGUGGAAAUGUUCAUUAUAGAUAUAUGUUACUCAAUUUGAAAUAGUCAGGUUUUAAUUCCAACUCAAAAUAUCCAAAUUUUUAAUUGUUUAUAUCAACAAUAGAUUUGUUACUUGUGGAAAUGUUCAUUGUAGGUAUUUUUACAUUAACUUAGUCAACUUACACCAUUUGCUUCUAUUCAAAAUCAAUUACAGAUAUCUCCAAUUAAGUUUUGAAGUGUUACAAUUCCAAGUCUACGUUUACAAAAGGUUCUAUCUUGAUAUAAACAAUUAAUUUCUUACUAGCGGAAAAGUUUAUUGUGAAUGCCUAAUUAUAACUAGUCGACUUUUAUGAUCGACUUCUUUUCAAAAUCAAUUACAGAUAUCUCCAAUUAAGUUUUGAAGUGGUAUAAUUUCAAGUCGACAAGUGCAAAAUGUCAACUCUUGAUAUCAACAAUGAAUAUCUUAAUUGCAAAGUUGGAAAUGUUCAUUGUCAAUAUCUGUAACUUAAUAACAUAUAGUAAACUUUUACCAUUGACUUCCAUUUAAACUCAAAAACAGAUAUGUAUGUGCAAUUUUUGACAUGUUUCCAAGUAAACAUGUCAAUUAAUGACAAUUUUGACACGUCAAAAGAUACUAGUCGGCCCUACUGAUGAAAUGUUAAAAGGUCUUGCCAUAGUUCAACAGUAGCAAUGCAAAUAGUUAAAAUGUGCCUUAUUGUUGCCAUCUGUAGAAAAGUCACAGGACAAUUUCAAAAGCAGCCAAAAAACGCAGUACGUCUCAUUUAGAACGGCUUCACUAGAGACAUGGUGGAUUUAGCUGCUGGUCAGGGUCUUUGUCACACAGACGUCAUUAUUUUAACAUUUGGGUGUAUAAUGUUUACUUUGCUUAGAUGCUUGCAGACUCUUUGUUAUUUCCAGGGGCAGCUUUGUUUAAGAUAAUAUGUAUGUUUAAGCAAUAAGUAGCUGAUAUUUUAAUUGCACUUUGCAUCUUUUCUCACUGCUUGUGUAUCUUGAGUGUCUGGUGUAUGUUUCUUUUUGUAUUCAUUGUCUUUUGAGGAUUAUAUUGUAUUGAGGACUAUAUAUGUGUUACAUGUUGUGUCAAGGUUACAAUAUUAUCCGAUCAUCCACAUAAACCAACCUCCAGCCUUAAAGACCCCUGGAAAUUAUCCAUUCAUCCCGUACAAAUUACAAGGCAAUUAAAAUUUUUAAAAUGAUAUAAAGCAAUGCAUCAUUACCAGUCAGAGUGAGGUUCAUUUGUGCAGCAUGGAGGGGACUUUGAUUACAGUAAAUGUUUCUGUAAUUAAGACUUGAUGAUUUACUUGAAAGGGUUGUUGGUAAAAUAAAUAAAUAAAGUACUUCGUUCGCAUGGUUGAGAGACAGAUAAUCACUAAGAAGUGACUGAUUGGAUUGUAUAUUUUUUAUAAGAGUGCACUGUAAUUGAUAUAUUUUCUUUAUACCUUUAAGUGUUGGAAAGAUUAAAUUAUAAAAUGUUCCCAGAUUAUGUUUUACGUGAUUGAACUUCAUCAAUAUAUUUGAAAGACACACAAAUAAAUCUAUUUUUGGA